CUGGAUCGUAAAACUCGAAGUUGCCUAGAAAAACAACUCCUCCCACCUCCGCUAAUUAAUCACAUCACGAGAUCCCCUUCUCACUGCUCAGUCGCGCUCCUCUUCUCGCCUCUCUCCCACCGCCACCGCAACCGCCUCGCCCACGCGCGCCGGCAACGCCAGCCACCGCUCGCGUGCGCGGCCGGCCGCCGGGGGGAUCCCGCGGCGAGGCUCCCGGACCGCGCCGCGCCACAGGGUGGCCUUGAAGGAUGAUAAUUAAAGCAAAAUGAUUCUAUAUUUCAACAUAUUUUGGAGAUGGAUGAUCUGCCAGGGGAUGAAGGACGUUCCCAGACACACUCUUCAGAUCCAAAUCGGCCCUCCCAUUUGGAGGACAAGUUCCAAUCCCUUUCCCUGACCAAACAUGAAAAGAAUUUGGAUCCUGCAGAUUCUUCCUUCGAUUGUAGGGAAGCUGAUCAUUCAUUGCAGGCUGCUCAGACAUUGUGGUCUACUGGAUCUCUAUCAAGUCCAAUACCCAAUGGUUUUUAUUCCAUUAUUCCGGAAAAGAGAUUCAAGGAGCAUUUUGACACUGUACCUUCUCCUGAUGACAUUUAUUCCCUUGGAAUAGAUGGAUUCAAGGCCGAGAUUAUACUUGUGGACUUCGAAAGAGAUAAAAAGCUCUCUGCUUUAAAGCAGCUAUGCACAGCGCUGGCAAAAGGGUUAAAUUCAAAUCCUGCUGCAGUGAUAAAGAAGGUUGCAGGUUUGGUUUCUGACUUCUAUAAGAGACCAAACCCGCAACUUAGUCCUGCAAGAACUUCCUCUGAAGAACUUUCUCAUUUUAUGGAAAACAGGGGAGUUCAAUUACUGGGACAGAUAAGACAUGGGUCUUGCAGGCCCAGAGCAAUGUUAUUUAAAGUUCUUGCUGACUCUGUUGGUAUAGACUGUAAACUGCUCGUGGGCAUUCCAAAUGAAGAAUCUCAUGGAUACGAUGAUUCCGCCAAACAUAUGUCUGUUGUGGUCAUGCUGAAGUCUGUGGAAUUUCUAGUUGAUCUGAUGCGUUUUCCAGGACAACUAGUUCCAUUUUCAUCCAAAGCUGUCAUCACAUCCCAUAUAUCUGCAACUGGAGAGAGUGAUUCAGCUGACUACGAUUCCUGUGAUUCUCCUCUUGAACCUAACAGUCCUCUUUGUGCUCAACGGCUAGAGCAAGAUGACAGCACGAGAUCCUUCAAAGUCCCCUCUCUAAGAAACAUCAUGCUUAGAUCAACAAAUUCUAUGGAGGGUAAAAUGAGGUGUUCAUCUCAUAGUGAGCCGAAUGUUGCCAAUGCCUUGUGUGGUCGCAGCCAGAGGAAAGUUGUGAAUGAACAUCAAAGAACUGCAAGUUCAAGUCCAGAGCAUCCACUGUACAGAGCUUGUGGGCGAUCAAUGCUGGGUGAUAGACAAUACGGUGAUGGUGUAGCUGUAUCAAGGUACCUCAAUGGUGCAUCAACGUCAAAUACACGUAGAGCACGGAGAAGAAGUACAAAUACAAGUAUUGCCCCUGAAAUUAGUGAUGAUAUUGUGAGAGCAGUUCGAGCAAUGAAUGAAAGCAUGAGACAAAAUCGACUUUCAAGGAAUGAUGGCAGUCCUGGACACUCAAAUGAUUCACGGAAAAAUGAACCAGUAGGUGAUUUCAAAGACAAUGAAGUAUAUACAAGACGACCAAAUGCACUGGAGGGUUUGAGAAUACAAAUUAAUUCUCAAAAGGCAGUGUCAUUACCUUCAUCGCCCCAUAGGUCAGGUAUCCUUGGUUCGGACCUCGGAGGCCCAGCUGACUUUACAGCAGCAGAUCUGAUAUCAAACUGGAAUAAAGUCUUGCAGUCUUCACCAUUUCUGAACAAGCCUUUAUUGCCAUUUGAGGAAUGGCACAUUGAGUUUUCAGAGAUUACUGUUGGCAGUCGUGUGGGAAUAGGGUUCUUCGGAGAAGUCUUCCGUGGCACCUGGAAUGGAACGGAAGUAGCUAUAAAAGUAUUCCUGGAGCAAGAUUUGACAACCGAGAAUAUGGAAGAUUUCUGCAACGAGAUCUCAAUACUUAGCCGACUUCGACAUCCCAAUGUCAUACUCUUCCUUGGUGCAUGUAUGAAGCCUCCUCACUUAUCCCUAGUCACUGAGUACAUGGAAAUGAGUUCUUUGUACAAUUUGAUUCACUCAACUGUGCAGAAACCUAAGCUCAAUUGGAAGAGGAGGUUAAAGAUGCUCCGUGAUAUCUGUAGGGGUCUCAUGUGCAUGCAUCGACUGAAGAUAGUUCACCGUGAUCUGAAGAGUGCAAAUUGUCUUGUUAAUAGGCACUGGACAGUCAAGAUAUGUGACUUUGGGCUCUCCCGAGUAAUGUUGGAUUCUGCAAUGAAUGACAACUCAUCUGCAGGAACUCCAGAGUGGAUGGCUCCUGAGCUCAUUCGCAACGAGCCAUUUACUGAGAAGUGUGAUAUCUUCAGCUUUGGGGUUAUCAUGUGGGAGCUUUGCACCCUGAGUAAACCUUGGGAAGGAAUACCAUCAGUUCAGGUCGUCUACUCUGUUGCGAAUGGAGGGGCAAGGCUGGAAAUACCAGAUGGACCUCUUGGAAGCUUGAUAGCGGAUUGCUGGGCAGAACCGGAGAAGCGUCCAAGCUGCCAGGAGAUCCUGACCCGUCUGCUUGAUUGCGAGUAUACCUUAUGCUGAUAUUUUGCCUCUAGUCUGUAUAGCGGUUUUAGGGGCAGCAAAUUGAUCCGGCUUAUACAUCAUUUCAUUUCUCAGUUCUUAUCAUUUUGACAUCUUUGAGGAUGUAAAUUAGCAACAUGUAUUAUAAUAAACAAACUUUUCAUAACA